AUGGAGACUCGACAGUCUGCCCGCAAGCGCAGAAGCAAUUCCAUAUCCGAUUCAAGAGGCACUUCACCAGUCUCGCACCGGACAAGAAGCGGGAUAAUCGCAGAAGCAAUGCUUAACAUGCACAAGCCUGCUGCGAGUACCCCAAAGAAGGCUAGGAAGCGGGUCCGUUUCUCGGAUCCUGGUCCUCGGCUGCUUGAUACUCCAGCUUACUCGACCGGCCUCACACCUGCCAUGAAGCGUACCUCAUUUAUAGAGUCCGACAUUGGCUGCUCGAGGUCUGGUAAUGGCACGCCUAGUCGGCGACCCCACCGGCGCAGAUCAGCUCCCAUGCCGCGCUUCCAGAGGUCCUUUGACCCCAUUGAAGCUUUCGAUGAAUCGAGCAACGGAAGGGUGAUGCAGUUUACUCCUCUGCGUCAGAUCUUGGAUACUCGCACACAAAGAAGGAUACGACGCUUUGGUCUAAGCGACGAGGUCAAUAGUAUUCAGCGUGAAAAGCGAGAGUCUGCGAAUUUCGAAAAGACCCUUGAGGUUUUACGACAGGAACGAGAUGCUCUUCAACUUGAACUCAAUGUCUUGAAGCAAAGGAAUGAAAUUUCAGAAGACCAGCUGCCUUCAUACGAGUCUUUCUGGAUGUCCCCUCAGAUUCGUGUUCGCGAACUCGAGCGUGAAACUAGUCGACUGCGAGAUGAAAUCUCGGUGGCUUCAAAUCCCAGCCUGGAUAUGCAAGAGACAUCAAUCGACAACGAAGGUGAUACAUUCGUACUCAAUGAUAGUGCUGUUAUCGUUUCCAACUCACCGGAUCUCCGUGCUAUGCACUCACCGGUGCCAGACAGCCUUACGAUAUUCGAUCAAACGAAUGCCGAGAUCUCGACUCAAACAAACGUCGUUGAAACGACAGAGGACUCUGAUAUGCAAACUCUGACCCUUGAUUUGGAGACCGCCAGAAAUGAGAAGAGGGAGCUUUUCAAUGCCUGUCGUAUGCACCUUUCUACAUUCGAGGCAUCUGGCUUCGGUGAUACUCUUCGUCAAUCAUCCCCACCUCCCGAUUUCUUUGGUAACGUCAUCAACAUCUUGACGAUGGCGCUCUCUCGUGCCUAUGAUGCCACUCAAGCACUAGAGGGUAUUAGCCAAGAGUGUUCCAGCCUGGGAUUUACCGGAUCCAGCACAGACGAAGUAAUCGAUGAUAUGCGAACUCACUUCCGUGCUGCACGCCUUGAACUAGAGCGAGCUAUUCCCGGUGAAACGGCGAACGUGAGCCUUGAGGAUGGAAAGGCCACCCUCGGUGCGUUGGUACACCGAGUCAAGUCUCUUGCAACCGACUUGAGAGCUGAGCGCGACCACUAUCAAGGCUCGCUUGGGCGUGAAAAGGCACUUCGAGGACAAUUCGAUAACCUCUUACACCGGUACGAAGCGGCAGCAAAUAAGAUCAGCAGCCUCGAGGACUCUAUUGCAUCAUCUGCGAGUGAUAUGCUUCACACGAGAAUUCGACUGCAAGAUCUCGAAAACGAAGACCAGGAGAAAAGUAUUGGGAUUGACAGAUUAAACGCCGCCCUCGACAAGUACCACGAAGAUGUCAGAGGUCUGGAAGAUAUGGUGAGCCGUUUAGAGGAUGAGAACACGGCCACCAAGGAAAGAUACCGACAAAGAAUUUCCGAUUUGAAGGCUCAAGUCAUCAGCGAGCGCAAGCAACGUUCUGCGAUUGAAAUUUCAACCUCGGAGAAUGAGGCACGUAUUCGCCAACUUGAAGAAACCAUGGAGCAGAACCGAAUUCGUGCUUGUGAUCUUACGACGGAGAUGGAUAUUCUCGAGAAAGAGCACCAGGCAGUACUUGAGCGUCUUGAGCAGACAUCGAGUGAGAAGCAGCAACAUUAUGAAGAAGAGACCGGCACCCUCAACGUCCGUAUCUCAGAACUCACAACAUCGCUCGAAGGUGCACGGUCAGAGGCACAGCGUUUGCGACAAGUCAACAACGGUCUUGAAGAGCAAUUACGGAUGGAGAUGGAAGCUCGCGAUGAGCUACUCGAUAAAUGGGCAACCGAGCAAGCGCGCUCAUUCGCAUUCAUGAAAGAGUCGGUAAAUUCAGAGCGUCGCCGUGCCAAGGUGCGCGCUGCAAAUUGGGAACUCAGAUCAGAUGACCUCAUGUCAGACGGGACAACGAUGAUGGGCAGUGAGCCCAUUACCCCCGUUAGCAUGACUCGCUUUGUUGACGUGGAGAUGGGGAGAGGCAAGAAUCGCCAUCGUAUGGAUAGUGGGAUUGGGAUUCUCUCUGAAGACGAUCUUCUUGAAAAUGAAGGUCUUGCGGAUCUAAGACGUAGAGUUGACUCUGAUAUUGACUUGCCUGUUUCGGAUUUUAUUGAUGCAUAG